AUGAAUAAAAUAAUUGAUAUCGGAAAGGAUUAUAAAUAAAGAAAAUUUCUAGAGAAACCUACGAGAUAAGAAGAUAAACAUGAUUCUUUUUAGUAAAAUUAAUAGACUUUUGAAAUACCUGAAUGUGCAAUUUGUUGUGAAUAAAUGAUUUAAGAUUUAUCAACAUUAGUGCCUUGUGGUCAUAUUUUUCAUCAAAGAUGUAUAAAACAUUAUUCAAAACUUGAAUGUCCAAUCUGUAGAAAACAAAAUAAAUAAUCAAUCCCAAUACAUUUUUCAAUAGAAUUAAAUUAAAAUAAAAGUUUAGAAAUUAAAUAGAAUAAAUUAAUAAAAAAUUAAUAAUUUGCAAACUAAAAAACUUAAAAUUAAGAUUCAAUUAAUAAUUAGGUUUGGGAACUAAUUUGUUAAGGAAAACAUCAUUUUGAUUAUCUUUAUUCCUAAAAUCUGUUUUUUAAGUAAAAUAAUCGAAAUGAAAUUUAAUUACUUAAAUCUUUUGAGAAUGUUCUCAAAGAAUUAUACAAUAAUCAUAGAGAUAUUAAUAAUUAAAUUGAGAGCUAAGCUUAUUUAAGUAAUUAAAUUAGUAAAAGUUCAACUCCAAUUUAAAAACAAAAACAUUAAACACCAACUAAAAUUGCAGAAAAAGCAUUUUAACCUAGUGCUUCUGGUGUACAAUUUCCCGAUUGGAAAAAGGUGAUUGAUAUAGGAGAUAAAAAGAAUUUUAAUAUUCGUUAUUGUAAUAAACCUACUAGUAAUCUAAAUAGAAAUUCUUAUAGAAGCAAUAGUUAUAAUAAAUAAUAAUAAUGA